GGAAGGAAAGAAGGAUGAAUGCCCCCCCCCCCCCGGAAGAUGCCAAGACAGUCUGGGUGGUGACUUCCGGCUUGCUGAAGAAAGUUGAGCUGGGGAGGUUUGCUGGCUCCUGGGUUUUGCAAAAUGGAUAGCCAGGGAAGGAAAGUGGUGGUUUGUGACAAUGGAACCGGGUUUGUGAAGUGUGGCUAUGCAGGCUCCAACUUCCCCGAGCACAUCUUCCCUGCCUUGGUGGGCAGGCCAAUCAUUCGCUCCACAGCCAAAGUGGGCAACAUUGAGAUUAAGGACCUGAUGGUGGGCGACGAGGCCAGCGAGCUGCGCUCCAUGCUAGAGGUCAACUACCCCAUGGAGAACGGCAUCGUCAGGAACUGGGACGACAUGAAGCACCUGUGGGACUACACCUUCGGGCCUGAGAAGCUCAACAUCGACUCCAGGAACUGCAAGAUCCUGCUCACCGAGCCGCCCAUGAACCCCACCAAGAACCGAGAGAAGAUCAUUGAGGUGAUGUUUGAGACGUAUCAGUUCUCAGGGGUCUACAUUGCUAUCCAGGCUGUGCUGACGCUCUACGCCCAAGGCCUGCUGACAGGUGUUGUGGUGGACUCUGGGGACGGUGUGACACACAUCUGUCCGGUGUACGAGGGCUUCAGCUUGCCCCAUCUGACACGACGCCUGGACAUCGCUGGGAGGGACAUAACCCGCUACCUCAUUAAGCUGUUGUUGCUGAGAGGCUAUGCGUUCAACCACUCGGCGGACUUUGAGACGGUGCGUAUGAUGAAGGAGAAGCUGUGCUACGUGGGUUACAACAUCGAACAGGAGCAGAAACUGGCUCUGGAGACCACCGUGCUGGUCGAGUCCUACCAGCUCCCAGACGGCAGGGUGAUCAAGGUGGGAGGGGAGCGUUUCGAGGCUCCAGAGGCUUUGUUCCAGCCCCAUCUCAUCAACGUAGAGGGAGUCGGGGUGGCAGAGCUGCUCUUCAACACUAUCCAUGCAGCAGACAUCGACACCAGGUCUGAGUUCUAUAAACACAUAGUGUUGUCAGGUGGAUCCACCAUGUAUCCAGGUCUUCCAUCUCGACUAGAGAGGGAGCUCAAACAGCUCUACCUGGAACGCGUGCUGAAAGGCGACGUGGACAAACUCUCGAAAUUUAAGAUCCGCAUCGAGGACCCGCCGCGGCGUAAGCACAUGGUGUUCCUGGGCGGGGCCGUGCUGGCGGACAUCAUGAAGGACAAAGAUAACUUCUGGCUGACCAGGGAGGAGUACCAGGAGAAAGGUGUCAGGGUGCUGGAGAAACUGGGAGUCACUGUCAGAUAAAGACCUCCACAAUGUUAAAGACACCACACACACACACACACACACACACACACACACACACACACACAGCCAAAUAUUCACCCAAACACUGAAGGGUCAUCAUAGAGAAGCACCUAGAAUGUUGUAUGUGUAAAACACAGACACGGUUUCCUCCCCCAUGGCAGACUAGAUAUCUAUUUAUCCUUCUUCCUCUUCUAAACAACAGAAUCACAGCAUCACCGUAGGGAGUGAUGACGCCCUCCUUCCUCUCCUCCUGUCUUCUGAUGGCCUAGUAUAGUUUAGCUAAGGGUUGGUAGUAGAGUUCAGGACAUCACUCCUCCAGCCCUCCUCUCCUCCUGUCUUCUGAUGGUCUAGUAUAGUUUAGCACAGGGUUGGUAGUAGAGUUCAGGACAUCACUCCUCCAGCCCUCCUCUCCUCCUGUCUUCUGAUGGCCUAGUAUAGUUUAGCUAAGGGUUGGUGGUAGAGUUCAGGACAUCACUCCUCCAGCCCUCCUCUCUUCCUGUCUUCUGAUGGUCUAGUAUAGUUUAGCACAGGGUUGGUAGUAGAGUUCAGGACAUCACUCCUCCAGCCCUCCUCUCCUCCUGUCUUCUGAUGGUCUAGUAUAGUUUAGCACAGGGUUGGUAGUAGAGUUCAGGACAUCACUCCUCCAGCCCUCCUCUCCUCCUGUCUUCUGAUGGUCUAGUAUAGUUUAGCACAGGGUUGGUGGUAGAGUUCAGGACAUCACUCCUCCAGCCCUCCUCUCUUCCUGUCUUCUGAUGGUCUAGUAUAGUUUAGCACAGGGUUGGUAGUAGAGUUCAGGACAUCACUCCUCCAGCCCUCCUCUCCUCCUGUCUUCUGAUGGUCUAGUAUAGUUUAGCACAGGGUUGGUAGUAGAGUUCAGGACACCACUCCUCCAGUCCUCCUGUCUUCUGAUGGCCUAGUAUAGUUUAGCACAGGGUUGGUAGUAGAGUUCAGGACACCACUCCUCCAGUCCUCCUCUCCUCCUGUCUUCUGAUGGCCUAGUAUAGUUUAGCACAGGGUUGGUAGUAGAGUUCAGGACACCACUCCUCCAGCCCUCCUCUCCUCCUGUCUUCUGAUGGCCUAGUAUAGUUUAGCACAGGGUUGGUAGUAGAGUUCAGGACACCACUCCUCCAGUCCUCCUCUCCUCCUGUCUUCUGAUGGCCUAGUAUAGUUUAGCACAGGGUUGGUAGUAGAGUUCAGGACACCACUCCUCCAGCCCUCCUCUCCUCCUGUCUUCUGAUGGCCUAGUAUAGUUUAGCACAGGGUUGGUAGGAAUUUUGAUAGAGUUCAGGGUGGAUAUCAAGUCUCCCGAAGAAAGAUUUUCACAACACGGUGAAAGCAAUAUGGUGGAAAGUUAGUCAAGGAGUCUAUUUCCACACUAUGCUAUUUUUUUCUGGACUAGUGCAGAUCAGGGUUGAGGUCAAUUUCAGUUUAGAUAUUUCUUUUUUUUAAAGAAAGUGAAAACUGAAUUGUCCCCAACCUUAAUGCAGAUGAGGAGACGAGGAGAACAACGUUAGACUAUUGAGACCCACCCCUAGAACAGUUAAACCUCUCCUUACCAAUCACUUCAAACUUCCCUGUCCUCUUCAGGAGUCGCUAGAAGCUGUCCCUAAUCGCUGAUGCAGGGUCAGAUGGUAUCAUAGAGGAGUCGCUAGAAGCUGUCCCUAAUCGCUGAUGCAGGGUCAGAUGGUAUCAUAAAGGAGUCGCUAGAAGCUGUCCCUAAUCGCUGAUGCAGGGUCAGAUGGUAUCAUAAAGGAGUCGCUAGAAGCUGUCCCUAAUCGCUGAUGCAGGGUCAGAUGGUAUCAUAAAGGAGUCGCUAGAAGCUGUCCCUAAUCACUGAUGCAGGGUCAGAUGGUAUCAUAAAGGAGUCGCUAGAAGCUGUCCCUAAUCGCUGAUGCAGGGUCAGAUGGUAUCAUAAAGGAGUCGCUAGAAGCGGUCCCUAAUCGCUGAUGCAGGGUCAGAUGGUAUCUCAUUUCCCAAAUGGUUAAAGGGAUAGUGUGAGAUUUUGGCAAUUAAGACUUUUUUUUCAGAUGAACUUGUGGACACCAAAACAGGCUGAAGUUUCAGGCAGUCUUUUCAAACAGCUCUAAAAGGGCAUCAUCAUUAUUUUAACAUUUUUCACAGUAUUAUUCCAUCCUCAUAGUAUGGAAAUAGAUUAUCAUAUUUUUUUUUUAACAAGUAAAUCUCUUUUUUUUCACUGCACGGGUCCUUUAAGGUCAGGGUACGGUUAGGGUUGACUGAUCCUAAAUAUGUGGUUAUUUAGAGGUAACCUACCAUACGUUUUUAAGGACGUCACAAUCAGGAUGCAUCUCACACAGGCAUUGGCCAGUCCAGUAUACACACACACCUAGUAUUCAUGGAGAACUGAUCCUGUUUUUAUAUGAUGUUUUGUUUUGUAUAUCAUGAUUGAUUAAUUUCUCUUUUUGGGAGAGGGAUGUCUUGAUUCUUCUGUUGGAUGUAUACAGAUCCUCUUUAUCUUAGUUAUUUUAUGUUAUUUUUUACAAAAUGUCCUUUUUUUGUGGUGCACGACCAUUUUAAAAUGGAGCAUAUGUCAUAUGAAACUUCCUCCUUGCUUUUAAUGAAGAAUUGAUGAUGAUGAUGAGUGAGGAUAGUGAAGAUGAUUAUAAGGGACAUGACCCCCUGACCUUAGUGACGGUAGUAGGGUUCAAAGGUCGGGGGUUCAGGAGUGGGGUUGUGUGAGGGUCAUGAUAUAAAAAAAAAAACAUGGUUCAAUCUGAAAGUUGUACUUAUGAGGUCUGUUCCAGUCGAGCUGCACACAACAACCAAUGGUUAUACGCCACGUCAUGGACUUCACAGUCGGGUAUCAGAUUGACUAUACAGUCACACCAGGCAGACAACCAAUGGUUAUACGCCACGUCAUCGACUUCACAGUCGGGUAUCAGAUUGACUAUACAGUCACACCAGGCAGACAACCAAUGGUUAUACGCCACGUCAUCGACUUCACAGUCGGGUAUCAGAUUGACUAUACAGUCACACCAGGCAGACAACCAAUGGUUAUACGCCACGUCAUCGACUUCACAGUCGGGUAUCAGAUUGCUACAUCCUAUGGUAUCUGUUUCCCAGACACAGAUUUGUCCUGGACUAAACAUUCUCCAUGGAGAUUUUUCAUUGGAAUACAUUUUGAAUCAGGUACCAGACUUAAUCUGUCUGGUUAACUGGACCUAGAUGUGGUCAGCUGAUAUGUUAAACACCUAUCCAGCCAAUGAAGGUUUAAUCUGUCCGGUUAACUGGACCUAGAUGUGGUCACCUAUCCAGCCACUGGAGGGUUAAUCUGUCUGGUUAACUGGACCUAGAUGUGGUCACCUAUCCAGCCACUGGAGGGUUAAUCUGUCUGGUUAACUGGACCUAGAUGUGGUCACCUAUCCAGCCACUGGAGGGUUAAUCUGUCUGGUUAACUGGACCUAGAUGUGGUCACCUAUCCAGCCACUGGAGGGUUAAUCUCUCUGGUUAACUGGACCUAGAUGUGGUCACCUAUCCAGCCACUGGAGGGUUAAUCUGUCUGGUUAACUGGACCUAGAUGUGGUCACCUAUCCAGCCACUGGAGGGUUAAUCUCUCUGGUUAACUGGACCUAGAUGUGGUCACCUAUCCAGCCACUGAAAGCGUAAUCAGCCUGGAACAUGUCCUCUGAGACGUAGUAAAAAGCUGGUAUUUAAGUUCACUAGUCCGGCUCUCACCAUCACAACAUGAUGUAAGUUGGAGACACUUCUCCCCCCCCAACACAAGCCUAAUAUAAUAUUUGUUGUUUUCAUAAAUGUUCUAUCCAGUGCCAAGAGCAGUGAUUGUUAUCUGGAUCUUUCA